ACGCUUUUUUGUUUUGAUUUUGAUUGCAGAAGUCAAUGAAAUAUAUUUUGGAUUAAAAUGUCUUUUGGGCAAAAAAUAUUAGAGAAAUAUGGCUUUAGAAAAGGAAAUGGCCUAGGAAAGCAUGAAAACGGAAUAAUAGAACCAAUUAAAGCUACUUUUAAGUUUGAUAACAGUGGAUUGGGUGAUGAAGGGCCAGUUCGAGAAGAUCAUUGGUGGGAACGUGUUUUUAACGAGGCAUCAAAUAAUGUGAAUGUUGAAAAAUCACAAUCUGGAAAAAUUGCAGUUAAGCUUCAUGACAAAGAUGGAGUUGAAAUCACAAACAAAAGUUUUUCCUUGAAGAAAUUGAAAGAUUCUAAUACGAAAUUACAGUACGGAAGCUUUUUAAAAUCAGCAACUCUGCUAGCAAAUGUCGGUAAAGAAGAGGAAAUUGAAGGACAUUUCAGUACUAAUGACAUUGAAAUAAAACCGGUCCAAGUGCUCACAGAUGAGGAAUUAUUUAAAGCUUGUGGUGGUCGGACGGCACAUAAAGGAGCAAGACAUGGUCUUAAGCUUUCUGGAAAAUUGCAAAGAAUUGCCGAUCAAGAAAAAGCUCUCCUGGAAAAAAUGAAAGAAAAACAUUUAAAACAUGAAGUUUUCAGAGAACCUCUCGCUAAGAAGCAGAAACAGAAUCCAUUGGCAAAAUUAAACAGCUCAAAAGAGGAAACUAGUGAUGACAGUUCGCUCCCAAUCGACACCGAGUCUGAUUAUGUUUUAAAAUCUAAAAAGCGAAAGAAACGUGACAAGAAGGAAGAACUUCAGUUGGUCACUCAAAUCAAUAGUAUUGGUUUAAAUGAAGAGGAAAAGCAAUUUUUCAUUGCCGAAUCAGAACAUCCUACAGAACGUGAAGAAGAUGAAUCUCGCGAUGGGACACCGAUGCGUAAGAAAAAGAAAGCAAAGCGAGUCUACAAUAAACUUUCGUCUAUUCAAGAAGGCGAUCAAUCUUCUGAAGAAAUUGUUUUAAAAAAGAAAAAGAGAAAAGGAAAACGAAAACUUGAUGAAGAUGAUGAAAUGAAUUGUUCUAAAAUUCCUUCAAAUGAAGUUCUUAAUUCAAAAAGAGUGAAAUUAAACGAUUCUUAUGAAGCUUCUUCAUCUGAUGGUGUCGACAUUGCAGAUAAAAUUAACCACGAGCAAGAACUGAAACAUUCUAAGAAAACUAAAAACAAAAGUAAAAAAUCUAAGAAAAGGCACAAGAAAAAUCUUAAAACGACGAUUUUAAGUCUUGCUGAAAACCUUUAGCAAUUUUUUAAUCUUUUUCUAUAUUUACAGGAUUUAUUGAUGAAUUUUUUUAUAAUGAAAUAAUAAAAAUUGAACUUGCAUUAAAGUCUGUCUUGAAGAAUGGAAUAUGAAUAAUAGCAAUAUUGAGUAGAAUAUUAAUCAUCUACGUGAAUUUGACUUGUUAAUUACUAAGAACAGAUUGCUGUUGAAAAAAGUGAAUAAAUAUUGGAACAUUUGAAAGAACUUUCGUUGUUAAAUUUCAUUUGCUUCAUUCACUUGUAAAUUCAAUUUUCUGUAUCAUUUUAUGCAAGAAAAUUGAAUCUUAACAUUUUAUUUACAUUUCUAAGUAGAAUCACAGUCCAAGAUAAAGUUUGACGCUUUACCAAGUCUAGUUUGUCACUUAGAAAACUUUUCUUUGGAACUGAACAUUGCGUUGAAAAGUUCAUUAUAAAGUUGUACGCUUCCUUUAAGUUUUCUUUUGCCAUAUAAUGUUGAGUUAUCAUCCCGCGAAGUGAACA